UUUAAUUUGUUAUACUUCAUUGACUUGGAUUGGUCUUAUCUGCAAAUCCUAUUUCAAUGUCCUCUCAUGUCUAAUUCUAUUUACUUUAACUUCAUACUUUGUGUUAGAGGAAGAAGACAGUGCUAUUCUGGUUUUGUUUCCUUCUCAACAUGGUGGUAAAAAACACAAAUCAAUUAGAGGAAGCCACUGAUUCCACUUAUGAUAGAAAAGCUGAAGUGAAAGCUUUUGAUGAUUCACGAGCAGGCGUCAAUGGUUUGGUUGAGUCUGGGGUUUCAAAGAUCCCACGCUUUUUCCAUGCCGGGAAGUUGGACAUCGGUGAAAACUCAACUUGUGACUCCAAGUUGAGUGUUCCGAUUGUAGACCUCAAAGACAUACACAACAAUCCAGCUCAACGUGUAGAUGUAAUUCAUCAAAUUCGAAGUGCAUGCCAUGAGUGGGGAUUUUUUCAGGUGAUUAAUCAUGAAAUUCCCAUUACCGUCUUGGAUGAAAUGAUUGAUGGAAUCCGUAGCUUUCAUGAACAAGAUGCUGAUGUAAGAAAAGAGUUUUACACGCGUGAUUUAAAGAAAAAAGUUAUGUAUUAUUCUAAUGUACACUUGUUUAGUGGGCAAGCUGCUAAUUGGAGAGAUACAUUUGGUUUUGCUGUUGCUCCUCAUCCAUUCAAACCCGAGGAAGUGCCACCAAUAUGCAGAGAUAUUGUGAUUGAAUAUUCACAGAAAAUAAAGGAGUUGGGUUUCACAAUCUUUGAGUUGUUGUCAGAGGCACUAGGACUUAACUCUUCUUACCUCAAAGAGUUGAAUUGUGCUGAAGGACUCUUUAUUUUGGGUCACUGCUAUCCACCGUGCCCUGAACCUGAGUUAACUAUGGGCACUACAAAGCAUACUGAUAGUAACUUCAUGACAUUACUUCUACAAGACCAACUUGGUGGUCUUCAAGUUCUUCACAAGGAUAAAUGGGUCAACGUCCCUCCGGUACAUGGAGCUCUUGUUGUAAACGUUGGAGAUCUUCUACAGCUUAUCACGAAUGACAACUUCGUAAGUGUUUAUCACCGAGUCUUAUCUCAUAAUAUAGGCCCGAGAAUUUCUGUAGCAAGCUUCUUUGUGAAUUCUCCUGACCCAAUCGAAGGUAAGUCAAAGGUUUAUGGUCCUAUUAAGGAACUGCUUUCAGAAGAAAACCCACCAAUCUACAAAGACAUUACCAUAGAAGAUUUCUUGGCACAUUAUUAUGCAAAAGGCCUUGAUGGGAACUCUUCCUUGCAGCCCUUCAAGUUGUGAAUUCAACAUGUAAAUGCAAUUUUGAUACUCAUGGAGGUCACAAUAGUCUAUCUAAAUAACAAGCCAUGUUUUCAGCUAUAAGUGUGCUCUAUGUCAUGUAUCAAGUAUCUAAGACUGAAAUAAAUGAAUUAUCUAUGUUUGUUGACAUUUUUCUGAAAUAAUUGGAAUGAACUAUGAAGUUAUGACCAA